AUGGCCCCCAGCACCGUGGCCGUGGAGCUGCUGAGUCCCAAGGAGAAGAACCGACUGCGGAAGCCGGUGGUGGAGAAGAUGCGCCGGGACCGCAUCAACAGCAGCAUCGAGCAGCUGAAGCUGCUGCUGGAGCAGGAGUUCGCGCGGCACCAGCCUAACUCGAAGCUGGAGAAAGCCGACAUCCUGGAGAUGGCUGUCAGCUACCUGAAGCAUAGCAAAGCCUUCGCCGCCGCCGCCGGCCCCAAGAGCCUGCACCAGGACUACAGCGAGGGCUACUCGUGGUGCCUGCAGGAGGCCGUGCAGUUCCUGACCCUGCACUCCGCCAGCGACACGCACCUCAAGCUGCUGUACCACUUCCAGCGGCCCGCCGCCGCGCCCGCCACCCCCGCCGCCCCCGCCGCCGAGUCCAAGGCGCCGAGCGCCGCGUCCCCGGCCGCGCUACCCUCGGCCAAGGCCGCCGCGCGCCAGCCCCCCGGCGGCCUCUGGCGGCCCUGGUGA